CACAUGUUCAGCAAACUCAAAUUCAUUUUGUUCACCACCGUGCCGUUCAUAGCGCACCACAUUCUGCAAAAGCGCACCAUCCCUUCAAACGGAGUGCUGGCAUGGCUCACCACAAAAGAUGAGCGUGUGGAAGAGCUGGUGUACCGUACAGUGACCAAGGCAUGGUGUGCAGUGCGUGGCAGUGCACGUACCGGUACGAUUAGUAAUUCGUGUGCUAGCACGCGUAUUAUGUACGUACUGCCGCUCGUUCAUCUUUUCAAUCUGUCGUUGCACCCCUUCAUCGCACAUUCCAACCCGGUGUACGAUGUUGUGUUCCAGAACAGGUACUGUAAUAUUAAAAUGGUGGUGUUUAUGGUGUGUGCAAGGUAUGGAUGGAUUUUUAAGGAAAGUGUGGCAUUGAUUGGUUGGUAUGUGUGGAGUGUUGCGGACAGUGGAUGGAGUGAAUGGGUGGGGUGUGGUGUUGAUGGUUGCGCUGAUGGUUGUGCUGGUAUUGCUGCCGAUGCCGCUGCCAAUAAUAACCGUAAAAAUGCAGUGCAAUUGGCUAAUCUUGCAAAAUGGUCGUACAGCAGCUCCGCUCCCCACAUCCCAUGGCUGCACCCAUCCCCUAACGUACACAGCUUCGCUCUCCUAAACAUAUUCGAUCCGUACUACCAUCCGCUCAUUCUGCUCUACCUAUGCACAUUCGUGUACCUCCUGCUCACAUCCCGCUACACCAUGCACGUGCUCGUCUCAUUCCUGGGGUACAACGAGGUGGAGCACGUGAUGCUGUGUGCUGAUAUGGUGCCUGUGCUGGUGGUGAGGCGGUGGAUUGUUGGUGGGUACUUUGGUGGCAGGGGGUAUGCGAUGUGGGCGGUUGGGUGGUGCGAGUGUUUGUUGGUUGUGGGGAUGUGCGUUGUUGGGUACAUGAGGAGGCGCGGCAUUGCUGGUAUAGCACGGUGAAGGACAGCGUGUUUAUGCGUACAAAAUUUAUUAAAUACUUAAUUGUGCA